AAAAUCCCAGCACUGAAACAGAUUCAUCAACCAUCACAUUCGAUUCUGAGCCACGUUUGACCUUGGCAAUGUCUUCAAGAAAAGGUGGCGCACGCGGCUCCACAAGGGGAAGAAGCACAGGUUCCUAUCGGCAACGCAAUUACCAAACUGAAGAAAAUUGGACACUCAGACCCAUUCUUGACCACAAAGUUCAAACCCAUGAAACCUCUUCUUCAGCAUCAGCGCCGGAACCCUUUCCAGGUUCACAGAGUAUAGACCAAAGACGCCCUCGAACUGGCAUGAAUAGAUGGGCGCCUCGGAGUCGGGGGGGGAAUUCUCUGUGUAUCAAGAAUUCCGAGGAAGAAGAGGAGGAUCUCAAUGGUGGGUCGGAAUCAAGACCGGAACUUGAUUCGAGUUCUGGUGAUCUAAACGGAAAAGAGGAGGGUUCUGCUGGUGGGUUGAGCUCAGGAUUGAAUGUUGACAGUGAAAAACGGGAAGAAAAAGUCGAAGGUUUGAGUUCAAGUAAUGAAGCUGAUGAGGAUGAGAGUAUUAAAAGAUUAGAGGAGUUAAGAUUGAACGUUGACGAGCCCGAGUUGUCGGAGGAGAUGCUGAGCAUCAAUAAACAGCUGCAGGAGGAUGAGAUGCUAGCUCUGGAAUCUAUUUAUGGAGAUAACAUUUUCAUUCUAGAACACAAGAGUGGCUUGAAGUGUUUUCAGGCACAUAUUCAUGUUGAAGUGCCCAAAGGAAUUCGUAUUACUGCAAAGUUUAACUCCUCUGGUUUCCAUGAGACAAGAGAUGAUGGUUCUUCAGAUUUCUCAUACUCCUUCCAAGUCGAAUAUCUGCCACCAAUUAUCUUGACAUGUCUAUUACCUAAAUCUUAUCCAAGCUUAGAAGCUCCUUACUUUACCAUCUCUGCCCAAUGGUUGGGAUCUGCUAGAAUUUCUGAUCUCUGUUGUAAGCUUAACUCAAUUUGGCAAGAGCAGGUUGGGCAGGAGGUUAUAUACCAAUGGGUUGAAUGGUUACAGGGUUGUUCCCUCUCUUAUCUUGGUUUUGAUGAUGAGAUAAUUCUUGGACCCUAUGUUGUAAGACAUGAUGAAGAUAGAAGGGCAAUUUCAGGAAGUGUCUCACCUGAUAUUGACAUUUCUUCGAUGAAGAGUUACAAUGAUGCACAGCGCCAUGAGAGAUUCUGCAGAAACAUGCAAGAAUGCUGCAUCUGUUUUAGUGAGUUUGCUGGUUCAGAGUUCAUUAGACUGCCAUGUCAGCACUUCUUCUGCGAGAAAUGCAUGAAAACUUUUUCUAACAUGCAUAUGACAGAAGGAACAGUAUUGAAACUUAAAUGCCCAGAAGCAAAAUGCGAUGGUAUGAUCCCACCUGGUUUACUUAAAAGAUUACUAGGUGAAGAAGGCUUUGAACAGUGGGAGUCCUUGACAUUACAAAGAUCGUUAGAAUCAAUGGCUGAUGUGGUUUACUGCCCAAGAUGUGAAACAGCAUGUCUAGAAGAUGAGGACGACCAUGCACAAUGCUCAAAGUGCUACUACAGCUUUUGUACACUUUGUCAAGAGAGGCGCCAUGUUGGACUAGCAUGUAUUACACCAGAGAUGAAACUAGUUAUUCUUCAGGAGCGACAAAAUUCGAAAUUAAUGAAAAAUGAACAAAGGCGUCGUGAGCAAGAUAUGAUCAAUCAGAUACUUAGUGUGAAGGAGAUAAAUCGUUUUGCGAAACAAUGUCCUUCUUGUAAGAUGGCCAUAUCUCGAACUGAAGGCUGCAAUAAGAUGGUGUGUGAUAAUUGUGGGGCAUUUUUCUGCCACCGUUGUAAUCAGGCAAUCUCUGGAUAUGAGCAUUUCAGGGAUGGGAACUGUGAACUUUUCCCAGCAGAAGAAAUUCAGAGAUGGGAGGCGAGGAUGGAUGCUGGCCAAGUUGCUGCUGUUCAACAACAAAUGCUUCUUAAUAAUGGUCAUCCAUGCCCUAAUUGUGGUCAGCACAAUGUGAAGGCCGGAAAUAACAACCACAUAUUCUGUUGGGCCUGCCAAAACCAUUACUGUUAUUUAUGUAGGAAGAUGGUGAGGCGCAGCACCCAGCAUUAUGGUCCCAAGGGCUGCAAGCAGCACACAGUGGGAUGACUGUGGAGGUAUGGCUUUUAUAUGAAAUUAAUAAACCUGGAAUUGGCAACAAGAAGAGCAUGGUUUGUAGCACAUGGAGGGAUGAAAGCUCUGUUCCUGUGUACGUCAACACAUAUUCCACUACAAACAUUUGAUUCUUUCGGCAUUUACGCCCCAUAAAAAUGUAUUUAUCCUCUAUGUUCAAAUCACAUUGCCAAAACAUCAAUUUCGCUCAAACUCACUGUGCACUAUACGAAAUCAAGUUACCACAGUAUUUAAUUA